GCAGAGGCUGCCGGGGCCCGGCGGGGGUGGUGCUCGCCUCCGCCUCCUCCCGUUCGGAGUCCCAGCUCCGCUGGAGAAAGCCCGGCCGGCUGGCUAGGAAGGGCACAGCAGGCUGCGAAGAAACGGAGGGGUUUCUCCGCUCACAGUCACAUCAUCAUACCUUGGUGGAUGACUUGGCCUCUUGAUUAGUUUGGGACUCUUGGAUGAUCACACUUCAUGCAAAAUUUGGAAUCUUCCUGCCUGGACUCCUUUCUAUUUUCUAAGGCAGUCAAGAUGUGAUGUUAUGGGGAUCUCCAACACUUGCUGAGGACACCAGAUCAGAUGCACUGUUCAGUGUAGUCUGGCAGCUUACUGUGUUACGUUCAUGUUGGGCAGAGGUCUAAAACGCAAGCUGAGUGACUAUGAGGAGAACAUGGCUGGUCUCUCGAGUGCCUUUGAUUCCAGUCGAAAUUUGUCAUACCCACUUAAGAGGCAGUUGGUGCUUAAUAUGUGCCUCACCAAGCUACAGACAUACAAAAUGUUGGUGGAACCGAACUUGCACCGCUCUGUCCUCAUAGCCAACACAGUACGGCAAAUUCAAGAGGAAAUGAGACAAGAGAGUAAUCAACAGCCAAUUAACGUCUGCCCUGGCAUUACUCCUAGUUCUCACAGCUACACAGGGAUGGAGUCAUCUGGGAUUUCUCUUCAGUUGCCUUCAGGUAUUAGUCAGCAAGAAUCUAACUGUUGCGAUUUGCGGUCUGUGGAAGACCCGAUUGAAAAUAGCCUGCUGAUAGUUUCAGAUGAUGACAUGUCCUCUGCUAUCUCAUCUAUUCUGAAGGAUUUAGACUUUGUAGAAGAUAUAAGCCCGCCUACUUGUCUGGUUCCUACUGCAGAUGACCAGCCAAAGUUUCCAGAAAAUACUGGUCUUAAACUAGAAGAUGAUAGGCAGGAUUUGAAAGGAGCUGAAUGUGUAUUUGGUUCCUUUGAGAUUUCAAAUUCAACUAGCUACUUGAAGGAUUUGGCAAUAGAUGACAUUUUUGAAGAUAUUGACACGUCAAUGUACGAUUCAGACUUUUGCUGCCCUCCGCUCAUGCCGCCCAGACCACCAUCUCUCGCUACAGAAGAACCAUUGAAAACCUUUCCAUCUUGUAAUUCUUCUUCCGCAAGCAACAUCCAGAUAUGUAGAACAGAUCUGAGUGAGUUGGACCACAUCAUGGAAAUUCUGGUUGGAUCCUGAUACUUGUUUUACCCAAAGAUACUUUUUAACUGCCACUUUCAUUUGGUUUCAGGAUAUAAGCCACUGGAAAAGUUGUAAAGAAUUCUUUAAAACCCAAACUAAAAAUAAUUUGUCCGUAGUGGGAUUUUCUAAAUAAUUCCAAAACUUACAAACCACAAAAGUGGCAGAUUUUGGUUUUAGAAAAAGAAAUAUUUAUUUAUCAGAACUGUGCAAUCAUCUUUUUCCUUCCAGGGCGUGUGUGGAACUCCAGGCGCAUACCCUUACCACCCCUCAUGCCUCUUUCAAUAAACUUUUUUAUGUGCAAUUUUUAAUUUGUCAGAAGAAUCUACAUGCAAAACAAAUUUCAUAUGAGAUGAUCUUUUACAAAGCCUCCACUUUAUUUUUAAUAUCAGAGUCUAUGCCAGGUGGGCGCAUGUCGAGUUGCAGAGCUGGGUUGCGUGGAUUGCAGGCACAUGACUAGAGAUGGGUAUAUUUUAAAGAUGAGACACGCUUUGCUUGCUUUCGCUCGGAACAGCAGAUCAAGAUGCUUAUCGACAAAGUCUCUUGCAUUUUCUAAAGCAUUCAGAACUAUUUAUUUUUGUAAAUUUUAUAGUCUUUCUACAUUUUACUACGUUACUUCAUCAUAGUUCAAAUGUACUGGACUCGUAGUUGGAUGUGUUUAGCACUACCUCUGAGCUGAAAUGCUUUAAUUGUUUCCAGUGCUUUGUCUAAGACUGCAGAUCUUUUGGGGUGGUUUUUUGUUUUGUUUUGUUGUUUGGUUGGUUCUUUUUUUCCUGGGGGAAAGACUUCUAACUCUAGGCUGAUCCUUUGACAGUGACCUAGCUGAUUUUUGCAAUCAAGGGUAUUCUAUGUUUUAAAACUUUUAAGUAUUUACAAAUGUAAUUUAUAUGUAGAUUGUGCAAUUUAACAUUUUUUUGUCAGUAUUAUGUGCUUAGAUUUUGAGUAAUCUUGGCGUUCGUUAAAUUAAAACUUACUGUGUACAGGUAGCUUUUUAAUCUGUUUUGGAAAACACUGUCCUUCAACCCUGCUUUCACCACAAAGUUUAAGAUGAUUUUUAUGUGCAAUAUUAUUUAAAAAGAUACAUGUUGUAUACCUGGCAUUGUGGAAAGAAACGCUUCGAACUUAAAAUUUCCAGCACCUUCAGAGGAUACUUGGCAGAGUCAACGUUUCUGUAUCCUUUAAGAAACAAUGUCGAGAACACUUCACCAGUGCUUACCACUCGGACUACUCCUGAAGUGCUCACUGAUGUGGUGAGUCAUUGCUGAUGACCAAGUUCCAUCGUGAGGCAGUCAGUGCCUGUAAGAUCUCAGGGGUCUGGCUGCUCUGGGCCUGCCUGGUCUUCAGAGGCAUCAUAGUGGUUGCUGCUGCCUCUGACUGUUCUGGGAAAGGAGGGGUGUGUGCCUGUGGCAGGUGUGGAUAUAAGCAUCUAUGAGUGCACUCGCUAACUGAAGGUGAGAUUUGCGGUGAGAACUAUUUCUCCCUAAGACAGUUUGGAUAUUGUUUCAACCUGAACUGAGGUCUGUAUUGAUCCUUGCUGUCAUCUUCUGAACUACACACUUGCACAGUAGUUUUUGGGUUGUUGUUUUUUAGUUUUUUAAUUAUAAAACUGCUUUGAAAGUUGCGGCACCUGUCUUGUAAGGAAAUUUGGAGUUGUAAAAGCUUUGCUUUGGUUUCUUGGGUUUUGGGGGGUUGGGGGGUUAUUGUUUAUUGCUUUUUUUCUGCUGAGACUUUUUGUGAAUAGGGCAUCAGCAGAGGAAGAAAAUGUUCCCUGUGUGUUGCAUCUCACAGAAGCUGAAAUCCUGGCCCUGUCAUAGGGGCCAGGGUGUCACCUUGUAUUUCUAGUCUUAAAUGAUGCCGUGGCACAGCUGCCGUAUCUCCAUUUUUUACUGUGACUGUUUUGGUUAACAGUUAGCUGCCGAUCCAAUUUGGUAUCCCAAACCAAUGGAGAACCAGUUCAGGUCACAUCCUUGCAGCCAUCUGGGUUGUUUAGCAACUGAAGGGUAUAAAUGUAUUUAUAUGCAUAUAAUGUAUUGAUUCUAAUAUAAAACUUCUGAUCUAAAGUAUUUUGAAUUGCUGGAUAAAGGGAUUUGUUUGAAAAGUGUAUAAAUAGUUCUUGAAGAGGUACAGCUUUGGAAUGUACACAGAUUGUGCAUUGUGUAUAGACUACUCUGGCUUUUCCUCAGCCUCUACUUUUGUACAAAAAGAUGACUGAAUAAAUCCUUGAAAUAUUAAGGGCCUUCUGCACUGUGAUGAAGCAGAGUUGUGGUUAAAAAUGUCUUUAAAAUCAGUGAUGAGGGAUAAAACAAAAAGACUGCAUCUAAUUACUUUUUGCAUUUGAAAAUAUGGAAUGUUACUAUGCAGUAAAGAUAUUUUGGUAUGAAAAUUUGUAUUAUGUAGCAAAUAGAGAACACUUAAUAAAUCCACUUACCUUUCAGCCCCUGUGGGAACAUAAGAGAAGACAACUUGCUUUUCAGGAUUGACAUGCUAAGGAUUUUUGUAUACUUCAUUUAAAAAAAAAAAAGAAAAAGAUGAAAUUGUUGGUAAAUGUUUUAUCAAUAGUUCAAAUUAUAAUUUUUGUUCAAGUGCUACACAGUGCUGUUUCUAAUUGGUUGCUUGCAUCACAGUGCCAAGACCAUAAGCUGGUAUGUAAUGCAGUUCAGUUAUGUAUGGAAUUGCGUGCAAAGGGAAGUUUAAUUUUUAAAUAUGCACAAACUAAUUUUAAAAUCCUUCCAUGUAAAAUGAAGUUAGAGGCUAGUUGUGGUGGACCUAUUUAUUGUAUGUUUGGAAAUAAAAGCCACAGUUUUGCAGUUUAGCCAUUUCUA